GUGCAUAGCUACAGUCGAAAUUUAGACGUCCACGAGUCGAUUGUAAAUUGUUAAAAUGAGAGUCAUUGUGGUGUUUUGUUUAUCUUGCAUUUGUGUGUGUGCUGGAUUUGCUAUAAAAGAAAAUCUAUCAAAUAGUCAAGAAACUAGAGCCUCAAUCUCGGAUAUGGUUAUGGCUUUUGUGGUUUUUCGACAUGGCGACAGAACACCUGACCAAGAAGAGCUGGAUAAAUACCCUUCAUCAGAUCUAAAUUCGAACAUAUUCUUUCCAUACGGCAAAAAGUCUUUAACCAACAAGGGAAAGCGAAGAGCAUUUAGCGUAGGGCAGUACUUGAGGAAACGUUACGACAACAUUAUAUCAAAACUCUACUUGCCUGAGGAGAUAAACAUACAAACAACUGACUAUGCUCGUACAAAGAUGACCGCAUUAUCUGCUCUAUCAGCCCUUUACCCGCCACCACCACUUCAGCAGUGGCUUCCUCACUUCAAUUGGCAACCAAUACCUUACGACACGGCACAGAGCAGUGAUGAUCAUUUGUUGCCCUUCUAUAACUGUCCAAGAUAUCUUCGACUAAAAAAUGAAUUAUAUAAAUUACCAGAAAUCGAAAGCUAUUUGAAGUCAUCACAGGAUCUCUUCAAAUUUCUUAGUAAAAACACCGGAAGUAACAUAACGGUGCCCGAAGAUGUAUUCUUUUUGGAUAAUUUAUUUCAAACUCUGAAUAAUGUCAAUGUUCCAACGCCGAAGUGGGCCGAACAAAUUAUGCCAAAGAUAAAAGAAAUGACUAAGAUCGAGUACAUGCUAAUGUAUUACACAGAUGAACUAAUAAGAUUAUCCGCAGGAGGCUUACUAUCAGAUAUAUUCAAUGUAACGAACGCGAAAGUGAUGGAAGGCAAGAAACAGCCCAAAUUGUUCCUUUACUCUGCACAUGAGAACAACGUUGCUGCUCUUCUAGCAGCCACAAGAACCUUCAUACCACAUCAGCCCAAAUACGGUUCCACUGUAUCUCUGGAGCUUUGGAAAAACCGCAUGACCAACGAAUACUCUUUUAUGGUUGUGUACGCACCCGAAGCGGGAGGUGUUGGAAUGAUGUUACCAGUGAAUGGAUGCGGAGAUAGGUAUCUUUGCGACUACAAUACAUUCCUCAAACUAACCCAAGAUUACGUGUUACCUCAUAGCGAAUACAAAAAACGCUGCUCUUAGAACAACGAACAACAUAGCACGUAACAGUUUUGCGAUCCAAAAUUAGCUAUAAAUGUUAUAUAUUAUUGUUUAAUUUGAUAUGAAAAAGUUAUUUUAUAUUUAAUAUUGUUUAUAAUAUUUGUAUAUUAUUGAUAUUAUGUAUCCAAUCCUAAUUCAAGACAAAUAUAAAUUAACAAAGUCGUCGUAAAAACAUCGUGUAUUUUUAAUAGAAAAUAUGUCUUCUACAUAUAUAUAUAUUUAAAUUUACAUCACAAACAGUUUUCCUCAAGCAUAUAAUAACUUAUUUGUAUAAUAAGCAUAUUCAUACAUUAUCUCAAAAUUACAUGGUUGUCAUUUUUAUUAAGUAUAUACUUUAUUGCUUACAAUAAACAAGUUUACAUAAACUAAUAAAAUGUUUGUGACUGUG